ACAGGCCCCGUACGCUGCUGAACCCUCGUAUACACAUCUACUGACAACGCCGCACACCAACAGCCCGUGAUGGCAGCACCCAUAUCUGCCACGGGCGAGAGUCCCAUUGUGGCGAAAUCGACGCCGUCGACAAUCAGUGGGCCACCCGCCGUGACCUCGACAACGGGAGGAGGUGGCCGAGGAAGGGGCAAGGAUGGGAAAGAGAAAGAGACGUUUGCGUGCACCUUUCCCGGUUGCGGCCAGACUUAUAGCCGUAUGGAAUACUUGAAGAGGCAUCAGAGAAAACACCAAGACGACAGGCCUUUCCAAUGCAAAGACUGUUCUAAAGCUUUUGCUCGAAGUGAUGUCCUCCUUCGACACCGACGUCGAUGCCAUCCUACCCCACCUCCCGUGGACCAUUCCACUUCUCCACCUGCACUAAACCGUAUUUACAACGGUAUGCCCGUCUCAUCAUCCCGCACAGACGCGCGCGAGGCAUCGCCAUCCCAUCACCGAUCGCGUAAGCAUCCCAGGCAGAGUCAUGGUGAUGAAGAGCGCGAUCACUCCCGUGCUCGAAUUGAUCCCGCUCUGAGAGACGACUAUAAUGAAUCAAGCGGGGAAAGAUAUCGAGACAGUGGUCACGACAGUAACGACAUGUAUGGCCAAUACUACAAUGCGUCAGCCAAUGACGAUCAUCCCAAUUACUCCUCUCAUCUUAUGCCCAUGUUCAACCAGGAUCAGUCAUAUCACAGCUUGAACGAUCCCAACCAUCUCGAAGAUGCAUCUGUCCUCUUGAGCAUGGCUUAUCCCGGUGGGGUCCCUGGGAAUGACAGACAAUCGCAAGAACAAAGAGAUUUGCCGGAAUGGGCUAGCAAUCCCACAAUCAACUUGAUUAUGGAGACUGCUGUUGCCAACCGCGAACGCGAAGAUGCCAACAAAACCCCUUCCAACGACAACGACAACGGUACCGGUCCCAACCCAUCGCCCAUUGAGGUCCAACCUCAAACUGUCGCUGCCUCUGCUGGCGAUUCUGUUACGUCUGUCCCCGAGCAAACGGAGAUGUCAGCACCCGUCUCUUCUGCCCCUGAAGUCGCGCCUUCAGGGCAACAAGAGAUUGACCCAAGGCUCCAGAAUGACUCUGCUCCGGAGUCCACUUCUGGUACUGCCGAGGGUUUUCUCAACGCGAUGAGCUGGUUGUCGGGAAUGGACAACCAGGGAGUGUUCAACAAGACGGGCAACACGCCUGAUACUUCCAAUUGGUCCCUUUUGCGAUCACCCAAAAAUACCCCUUUUUCUAUUUCUUCUUUAUUCUCUCCUUCCGCUUAUGGACUGCAAAGUGACUUCGCCAAUGAUUCCACCUCCAAUGACAACAGCAACAACCAGCAAAGCUCCCCAAAUGUGCUCCAUAUCCUUGAACAGCUCGCCAUGUACGAAGUCCCUCAAACGGCUGCGAACCCCAACCCCGAACGGCCUCUUCUCCGUGUUCAUCACGGCGAAAUCGCAACUCUCGCUGGGGACGAAAUUGACAAAAGCAGCCGAUUCUACAUCCCGGCGGAUCAAUUUAAGGGAUGUUACCAAAUUCCUCACUGGGCCCUCCCACCUCUUCGCACUCUCUCAAUGAUGGCUUGUCGUACUUUCCAUACCGUCCUCAACCACUUUUCCUUUGUCCACCUUCCCACGUUCAGGCUUAUUGAUACCUCUGCUUGUCUGGCUUUUGCCAUCUGCACUGUAGGCGGUAUCAGGACGGGCAACUCAUCCAUAUCGGACCAAUACCUCUGGCAACCUCCUACCGGCGACGGCCGGCCCAAUCCUGAACGGUCCAAGGCCUUAGACGGCCCUGUUGUUCCUGAUCAGAGCUGGGAGAGUUUGUAUGAGGAGAAUUGGUAUCGUUGUAACGAGCCAGUCCGGGCUCGACAGGUGUCCGAUGUGACUAAUUGGAAGAAUGGAUUGGUUGUGAGGAGCGAAAAGAUGAACAUGCUCGUUAAGUCGUUUUCGCUCGCAAAAGGGGUUUUGAUGACCGAAUAUAAUGUUGCGCUGUUGCAAGCGUUGAUCCUUUAUCAUGCUCCUAAUUUUUUGAGUGAGGAUGAAAGGGAACGGGCGUCCGCGAAUAUGUUCUUGGGUACUAUUGUCAAUGUCACUCGUCAAAUUGGAUUCUUCACAUCCGAGAACGACCAUUACGCCCAAACGAUUCGCGUCCCCGAGGAACCAUAUACUCCCAACGAGCUCGACCGAUGCUGGCGCGAAUGGAUCCAGCUCGAAACCCGACGCCGAACAGCAUACCUCGUCUACCAACUCGACACCAUCUCCGCCCUCGAAUCAAACAUUCCUUGUAUCCUCUCUCCAUGCGAAGUAGCGCACAUCCCCCUUCCAGCACCUGAUACGCUGUGGAAAGCCCCCACUGCCGAAGCUUGGCUUAAAGCCGUAAAGAAGUAUAGACCUAUGACGUUGGACGAAGCUAUGCGUCGAACAUUCUUCCUCCCCACCUACGGCGCCUUCGACAAGCUGCACCAAAAGGCUGAUACGCAAUUUUACCAUCUCCUCAACGAAAGUGAUUACGGUCCUUUUGCUCGUAUGGCUAUGGUGAUCACCCUUCUUCGAGGCGUUAUUGACAUCGGGGAAGGGAAGCGUGAUAGAGGAGACUGGAGGGAUUUGACGGAUUUGUGGGUGGGUUGUGCGUGGUUGAGGCCCGAAAGGGUGAUGCUUGCGCAGGAUGGAACGGAUUUGGGAGUGAUUACCAGGGACAGUUUGAAGGAUAGGUUCAGGCAGGCUCUUCAAAAAUGGAGAGAAGGAUGGGACUUUGAUAGUCUUUGUGCUUGUCCCACGUCGGGUGUUACUAAAUGCACCAACGGAAUGGUCAGCCCUGAAAACAGUGGUUCGGAAGGGUCGCCCAACUCUGAUGAGAAUGAGAUACCCAAGGAAACUUUGAAUUAUUGUGAUGAUGGACUACCUAUCUACUGGCUUGCUCAAGCUCUACUCAACAUACUCUACGCUAGCUCCCAAUCUCCUGGUACGAACGUCUUCAGCGGUUUACAUUACGGUGAUAUGCUCAAGUCCGCACGUACAUUCACAAGAACAGGCGAGGGUGUGCCUAUAAAGAUAAAAAAUAUGAGCGCUUCGCAAGCAAGGGAUGGAAACCACCGUAACUCCUAUUCUGAAAAUCCAGUCUCCAUCCAAUUGACAUCAGGACGCAAACAAAGUAACCCCCCUACCCCAGCACAAACAUCUUCCAAUCCGCCUUCUGUAGGAUCCACCAAUUUUAACCCCCCCGAAGCCGAAUUAUCCGCCCUGAGCACUGGCAUGAACGAAGGUACCUUCGCAGGUAUCUUACAGGCUCUUGCUGCUAAUUCGGGGGAGUUCGGGAUGAAUAUCGGUUUGAAUGUGGAUGGUUAUCCAACUCAGUCUGGUUCUGGUUCUGAUUCUGGUCCUGGAUCUGGGGCUGCGGGUGACAGUAGUACCGCCGUCACUUCACCCCAAGCGAAUGUCGGUGCAAGCAAUAUCGUCAGUAGUAGCGGAGGUAAUGGAAACAUGGAACUUACGGAGAACGAUUUGGCGAAGCAUCUUGGGUUCAUGAUAUGACCAGCAGGCCGUUUGGACCAAAAGAGAGAUGUGGUGAAGGAGAUGUAUGUGAUGUGUAUUUUUUUGUGAGAUUUGUUUCCUUUCGAGGUAUUUUCUUGUGGAUAUGAUUCGUACGGACAGGGUGGUCGUCGACAGUCUGCGAAAUACAGCUUGUCAAAAAGGCAUAGAUCGAGUGUUCUUGUAGUGAUUCUUUUGUUUGUUAUGGUAUAUUGAUUUGUUUACGUCUCAGAAAAAAGUAGCUUCUACAGCUGUCGGGUAAUUGUUCGUUGAUUCUCAGCCCUUUUUUUCGCGUCUUUGUGAGGCAUGGGUCGACAACAUUAUGUAGAGUGGUGCAUUUGUCUGAACACUACCCCUCUGUUAAUGGCAUUCCCAUCACCGUCGCUGUCGCUUCUUUUUCUAUAUACUUUUUUCCUAUUUGCCAAAUAUGAAAAGACA